UCCACCGACAGAGAGCGUUGUUCAACUUCCCUGUAAACAAACUGUUAGGACGGACGGUGGCUGCUGGGAAAAGAUGGCAGCUUCCUUUUGUGGUAGGGGAUUUGCAAUACUCUUAGCGGAGGAUUAGACAUAUUUUCCAGAGCAUACACAGGUCUCCAUUACAGACUUAUCUAAUAUCGACAAAGGAGAAGUUUGAGCCGAACAACAUGGAGAAGUCUGGCAGCAUCGACAGUUUGGGCUCCAAGCAAUCCUCUUCUCGACCACCGAGUGUCGAAUCAUUGUCCAGCUCUUCGACUUCUCGCUCUGAUCGUUCGGCACAAUCUAAACCCCCUUCUGCCCUUUCUUCUGACUCUGUGGCUGCAGAGUUCUCCCCAGAGAUCAGGGUAAAGCCCAAAACUCAUACAAAGGUUCUUAGAGAUUCUGAUAAAGGGGAACCACUGCUACUUCCAAAUGAGACUGUGCAAGAUAUGGCUCAAGACAUCACCUAUUUUUGUCCUUUUACUGGAGCACUGCGUGGAAUUGUCACAGUUACCAACUACAGACUGUUCUUCAAAUGCAUGGACAGGGAUCCCUCUUUUGUGUUGGAUUUGCCUCUUGGGGUCGUGAGUCGUACUGAGAAGAUUGGCAGUGCGUCAAGCCACGGUGACGAAUCCUAUGGACUAGUGUGUAAGGAUAUGCGCAAUUUGCGAUUUGCUCACAAACAAAUGGAUGACACGCUUCGGAAGUCCAUUUUUGAGGUGUUGAUGAAAUUUGCAUUUCCUGUUUCCAACGGGCUGAAAAUAUUUGCCUUCGAGUAUGGACAAGUGUUUCCUGAGAAUGGAUGGAAGGUGUAUGAUGCAGUCUCUGAAUACAAAAGACAGGGAAUUCCCAACGAAAGUUGGAGGGUUACAAAAGUAAACGAUCAUUACGAGCUGUGCGACACCUAUCCAUCAACUCUGGUAGUCCCCGUCAACAUUCCUGAUGAGGAGCUGAAGCGGGUAGCGGCCUUCCGGGCAAAGGGGAGGAUGCCUGUGCUGUCAUGGAUUCAUCCAGAGAGUCAGGCAACCAUUACACGCUGCAGUCAGCCCAUGGUUGGAGUAAACGGCAAGCGUAGCAAAGAGGAUGAAAAAUACCUGCAAACCAUUAUGGAUGCCAACGCCCAGUCACAUAAACUCUUCAUUUUUGAUGCUAGGCCCAGUGUCAAUGCUGCUGCUAACAAGAUGAAAGGUGGCGGGUAUGAAAGCGAGGACGCUUAUCAAAAUGCUGAGUUGGUGUUUUUGGAUAUUCACAACAUUCAUGUAAUGAGAGAGUCACUCCGCAAGCUGAAGGAUAUUGUUUACCCCAACAUUGAGGAUUCUCACUGGCUUUCCAAUCUUGAGUCCACCCACUGGCUUGAGCACAUCAAGUUGAUUCUCGCAGGAGCGCUGCGUAUUGCAGACAAGGUAGAAUCCGGCAAAACGUCUGUGGUGGUGCACUGCAGUGACGGCUGGGACCGAACGGCACAGUUGACCUCAUUGGCCAUGCUCAUGCUGGACGGUUACUAUCGCACUAUUCGCGGAUUCCAGGUGUUGCUUGAGAAGGAAUGGCUGAGCUUUGGCCACCGCUUUCAGCUGCGUAUCGGCCAUGGCGACAAGAACCACACAGAUGCAGAUCGCUCACCUGUUUUCAUUCAGUUCAUUGACUGUGUCUGGCAGUUGACUCACCAGUUUCCUGCAGCUUUUGAGUUUAACGAAUACUUUCUGGUGACCAUCUUGGACCAUCUGUACAGCUGCUUGUUUGGGACAUUCCUGUGUAACAGCGAACAGCAGAGGAUGAAGGAAGAGGUUCCAAAGAGGACAGUGUCUUUGUGGUCAUACAUCAACAGUCAGCUGGAGGAGUUCAGCAAUCCUUUGUAUGUGAACUUCUCCAACCAUGUGUUGUUCCCUGUAGUUAGCUUGCGCCACCUGGAGCUCUGGGUAGGCUACUACAUACGUUGGAACCCUCGCAUGAGGCCUCAGGAACCUGUUCAUCAGCGCUACAAGGAACUGCUAGCCAAACGUGCUGAGCUGCAGAAGAGAGUGGACGAGCUGCAGCGAGAUGUGACCAAUCGCUCAGCGUCUUCUUCCUCUGAUAGGGCGGGCUCCCCAGCGCGGUCCAUCACCCCAGUUCAGACCUUCGUUUGACCACACUUCUGCCUGAUAGAGGUUGGCAUAUAGUCCUCAUAAAAUGACUUCAAAUCCUGUGCACCAAACUGUCUCUCGGGUAAAAAAGUGUGCUUAAAGUCUUGCUAAUAAUCUUGUAAAACUCAAAGGUUUGCUUCCAAUGGGGUGUGUACAAAUAUCUACAAAUACUUAGCAUCAUUUAUUAUAUUGACUGACCGCCGAUCAGUAUUGUUGGAUUUUGGAUAUACUAAAAUAUUAAUCUUGUAACAUAAUUAUGCAGUGUUGCUCGCCACUAAUAAAUCUGGCACUACCUUUUUGCCGGCAUUUAAUGAA